AAGUACGGGGACAUGCUUCCUGCUGACGGGCUGCUGAUCCAAGGCUCUGACCUCAAGGUGGAUGAGUCUUCGCUGACCGGGGAGAGCGAUCACGUGACCAAGACCCCAGACCAAGACCCCUUCCUUUUCUCAGGCACGACGGUGAUGGAGGGCAGCGGGCGCAUGGUGGUGACGGGCGUGGGCGAGAACUCCCAGGCCGGCAUCAUCAUGAGCUUGCUGGGGGCUACGGAGAAGAGCAAGGACGGCAAGAAGAAGAAGAAGAAGAAGAAGGAGGAGAGGACCGACCCCACGGAGCGCUCGGUCCUGCAAAACAAACUCUCCCGCCUCGCUAUACAGAUUGGCUAUGCUGGCUCGGUGAUCGCGCUGCUCACCAUCGCCAUCUUGAUACUCCGGUUCAGCAUCAAGACUUACCUGCUGGAGAGUGAGCCCUUCGACGUGGCGCACAUCAACUCCUUCCUGCACUUCUUCAUCGUGGGCGUGACGGUGCUGGUGGUGGCCGUGCCUGAGGGCCUCCCGCUGGCCGUCACCAUCUCCCUCGCCUUCUCCGUCAAGAAAAUGAUGAAGGACAAUAACCUGGUACGGCACCUGGACGCCUGCGAGACCAUGGGGAACGCCACCACCAUCUGCUCCGACAAGACGGGCACGCUCACCACUAACCGCAUGACCGUGGUGGCCGCGCACAUCGCCGGCACCACCCACAGAUCUCUCCCCAAGUACGAGACGCUCCCGACCAGCGUGGCGGAGCUCAUGGUGCUCGGGAUCAGCAUCAACACGAACUACACCUCCAAGGUCGUGCCCUCGGAGAACCCCGGCGAACUCCCCAAGCAGAUCGGCAACAAGACGGAGUGCGCGCUGCUCGGCUUCGUCAACGACCUCGGGCGAAGCUACCAGGCGGUGCGUCGGAACUACCCCGAGGAGAAGUUCACCAAGGUCUACACGUUCAACUCUGCGCGCAAGUCCAUGUCCACAGUGGUGCCGCUGGGGGUGGGCGGCUUCCGGGUCUUCACCAAGGGCGCCUCCGAGAUGGUGGUGAGGCGGUGUGCGUACGUCCUCAACGAGAAAGGCGAGGUGGAGAAGCUGACGGAGGAUGACCAGAGGGAGCUGGAGAACGAGGUGAUCGAGAAGCUGGCGGGGGACGGCCUGAGGACCAUCGGCUUGGCCUACAGGGACUUCGUGCCCUUCGACAACGACAUGAACCAGACCAUGAUCACGGAGGUGCCAGACUGGGACAAUGAGAACUUCGUGGUGUCGGACCUGACCCUGCUGGCCAUCCUAGGCGUGGAGGACCCCGUCAGGCCGGAGGUUCCUGAGGCCAUCAGGCUGUGCCAGAGGGCCGGGGUAACAGUGCGCAUGGUCACCGGGGACAACGUCAACACGGCCCGCUCCAUCGCUACCAAGUGCGGCAUCCUGAGACCCAAGGACGAUGGACUGGUGAUGGACAGCCACCAGUUCAACACCAGGAUUAGGGAUGAGGAAGGAGAGCUGUCCCAGGAGCUGAUGGACAAGGUGUGGCCGCGGUUGAGGGUGCUGGCGCGCUCCUCCCCCCAGGACAAGUAUGUGUUGGUCCGCGGCAUCAUCAACUCGCACGCCGGGGCCAUGCGUCAGGUGGUGGCGGUGACGGGCGAUGGCACCAAUGACGGACCGGCACUCAAGAUGGCUGAUGUGGGCUUUGCGAUGGGUAUCACCGGGACGGAUGUGGCGAAGGAGGCGUGCGACAUUGUGCUCACCGAUGACAACUUCAGCUCCAUCGUCAAGGCGGUGAUGUGGGGACGCAAUGUGUACGACUCCAUUGCCAAGUUCCUGCAGUUCCAGCUGACGGUCAACGUGGUGGCGGUGACGGUGGCCUUCGUCAGCGUGUGCAUCAUCAGCGACACGCCACUCAAGACUGUACAGAUGCUCUGGGUCAAUCUCAUCAUGGACACGCUUGCCUCCCUGGCGCUGGCCACGGAGCCCCCGUCCCUCACCCUCCUGCACCGCCAGCCCUAUGGGAGGACCAUGCCCCUGGUGUCCCCGGUGAUGAUGCGGAACAUUGUGGGCCAGGCGACCUUCAUGGUGGUGGUGAUCUUCCUGCUGCUCUUCUACGGCCACUUCCUGAUGGACAUAGACGACGGGCUGUACACGGGCCGGGGGGAGCCACCGUCGCAGCACUUCACCGUCAUCUUCAACACCUUCGUGAUGAUGACGCUCUUCAACGAGGUCAGCUCCCGCAAGAUUCACGGUGAACACAACAUCCUCCUGGGCAUCACCGGCAACCCGCUCUUCUACUGCAUCUGGGUGGUGACCUUCGCCGCGCAGGUCCUCAUCGUCCAGUUCGGGAGCUACGCCUUCAGCACUUCAGCGCUCACCCUCGACCAGUGGCUGUGGUGCGUCUUCUUUGGGCUGAUGACGCUGCUGUGGGGCCAAGUUGUGACCUCCGUCUUCUCCUUCAUCCCCGCCCAUGGGAGAUCAUCGCCGUCAGUGAGGCCGCACUGGGACGACGAUAGGAGUGCCUCAGAAGACCCGCUGGAGACGUCCUUUAUCAAGAAGAAGAGAACCGCGCACGUCUUCUGGGUCCAGAGCAUAACGGACCUCCAGACUCAGGUGAUGAAGGGACACCUGGAUGGCCCCCUCCUGGCUGUACCCCUUCGCUACACCCCCAACGACCGGACUAUCCGAGUCAUCCGUGCCUUCCAGUCCGGACUUGUGGAACCGCUGGAUGUCGAAGAGGGCAGGAGGCGGCCUCGAGGCUUGGCCUCCCGGUGGAGUAAACGCCUCCGCCCUUCUUCCGCCUCGGAAACUGCUUCCCUCGAUAUUCUCGUGGACCCGGAGGCGGGCGGCGGCGGCGGUGGGCCCCCCUUCCUACCAGAAGUUGAGGGAUCGCCGCGAUAGUGGCGUGGUGGUGAUCAAGGUUCAAGAGGCCGUGCAGCCAGUCAGUCCGGUCCACCUCCACCACCCCCACCACCCCCUCCCGUCCCUCCACCACCUGUCCGUGCCUCAGGUGGAGCGGAGAGUUAAGUCCCUCUACCCACGUCCACCCACAAGCCACUUUGGACUCGUCUGAAGAAAAGGGAAGAAGAAGGAAAUGGAUGAAAAGAUAGAAAAGAAGGAAAAUAAGGAGAGUAUGAUUUCUUGAUAAGCAAAAAAGGAGAGAAAAGAAUAACCUGAUUUCCUGAUUAUAAAGAAAAGGAAAAGAAAAGAGGAAAAUAAGAAGGAA